AUUGUAAAAAGCAAUAGUUUUAAGUACCUGGGAUCGGUAAUACAGGGGAAUGAAGAAAUAGAUGGAGAUGCAUGCAGUAGAAUUAGGGCUGGAUGGAUGAAGUGGAAAGAAGCGAGUGGUGUGUUGUGUGACAGAAAAAUUCCAAUGAAGCUGAAGGGAAAAUUCUAUAAAACAGCCAUAAGACCGGCUAUGAUCUACGGAACUGAAUGUUGGAUAGUGAAGAAUAAAGAGGAACAACGAAUGCAUGUGGCGGAAAUGAGAAUGCUUAGAUGGAUGAGUGGAGUGACAAAGAAGGAUAAAAUUAGAAAUGAGUAUAUUAGGGGAAGUCUAGGUGUGGCACCAAUUGUUGCCAAAAUGAGAGAGCAUAAGUUAAGAUGGUUUGGUCAUGUUCAACGUCGAGACGUUAAUCACCCAAUACGAAGAAUAGCUGAAGUGCAGAUUCCUGGAAGGAGUAGGAGAGGAAGACCA